GUGUUAGAAAAUUGCCAAGUCUGUGAAGAUAGACUGAUUUUUAUCAAGUUUUUCAAUUGAUAUACGUGAGGUUUAUGUUCGACUACAGAAAACUUCAAUAAUAUAAGUGUUAAAUGGAUUUUAAUGUGUUACAAAAUAAUUUAAAAAUGUUGUGUCUACAAACGGUACAGUAGUGUAAAACUAUUUUCGUGUUUAAUGUCACGUGAUGUGUUAAAUUGUGAUACUUUUUUUCAUGUAUUUGGGGUCUUUUUGAUAGGAAUUAUACGCCGGAUAGUUAAUAACAUUGUUAAAUGCUGCACAUUCAUAUUUAAAAAUUUUUAUAUUAACAUACCAUCCAAAGCUUUCUUUUCUUAUUUCUUUAGGGGGCUAUGACAAAUAAGCAAGAUGGCCGCAGUAAUUAAAAUGGCCCCCUUUCUGUUACUCAUUAGUUCAAUUCAGUAAUGAUCAACUUAUACAUUCGAAAAUGAUGUGUAACGACGAAAAUAUUGACAAACAUAUAAAACUUAUAGAAAGUGGCAUCGAAAAAACUCGUCGUCAAGCCUAUCAGGAAAUUUUAAAAAAUGAAUACGUAGACCUCCUAAAGGAACAGGUCGAAUUGGAAAAGCAAGAAGAAAACAGAAUGCGUUCAGUAGAACGGAUUUUAGACAAGAAUCAGGAUUUAGCGUAUCAGGAAUUGGCUGAGAAAACCAACAAGUUACGAAGUGAACUAGUAAUCUUAAAAAGGGAAUUGCAUGAGCUUAAUGAGAAUUUUGAUAAUUUAACAAUAAGAUCAACAGUACAAAAGGAGCACAAGAAAAAGGAAGAAGAAGAGAGCAUAAAUCAACUGAAAGUCCUUUAUUUAGCGGAAUCUAAACAGCUCAAUGCCACUCUUAAACAGACCGAGCAAGAAUGUGAAAAAAUUGAACGUGAACGUCAGCAGCAUAUUCAACGAGAAAAAAACACCAGAGAAUCCAGUUUGGCUGAAAUCAAAGGGCACUUGCAACGUCAAAUUUUUGAUCGGAACGGUGAAUUUUUUCAAGCUCAGCAAAAGAAUAAGGAGCUGAGAAAACAAGUUGAGGAGUUAAAAAAAGAGAUUAAUAGACAACAAGACGUCCAAACAGUGCGUUUUCAAAAUACGCGCCCAUUUACUGUGAAUUAUAUGGAAACUAAUAAUAAACCGGCUGAUGAUCACGAUGAUGUUCAGUUUAAAGACUUGUACAAUACUAGAUUCGCGGAUGAAAAGCAAGAAAAUGUGUCGAUAAUGUGUGACGGUCCUGAUUUUGAUUUUGAGGAGGUUGAUGCAGUAAUUCAUGCUGAUAAUAAGGAUUUUAUUAGGAUUGAUGAGGAUCAGAUCGAGUUACUAAAAGAUAAGGAAUUUGAUUUUGCCGAAUCUUAGCGGAAACAAAGUAAUUUGAAGCUCAUUGUUAAUAAUCUCGUUUCUUAGUAGAUCAAUUAUUGAUGGUCUAAAAGGAAUUCAUUUUUAUUUAAGUUUGUUUUAAUAAAUUUAUGUUUUUUAGUAAAA